AUGGCGUCCACGGCCACCCAAGAUGAGGCCAUUUCCGAGAUCCAGGAGGAGCUGGCCUUCCAGAGAGUUAUUCUUGCCUCUAUCGACAAUUCAGUUCUCAACAGAGACCAAGCGGAACAAGAAGUGCAAGAAGAGAUCAAAGCAUUGAAGAGAAAGUUGAAGGCUUUGCAAAGGACGAGAGCGGGCUCUUCAGCCUCACAGUUACAUUCGCAUUCGCAGUCAUCGCAGCCUAGUCCGCCAACGUCUUCAGUGCCCGGGAGUUGGCCUGCGGACGUUACGACUGAGGCUGGCCCAAGUAGGAAUCGCAGUGGCGCUAGUGGGUUGUCUCCCCCAAAUAUGAACCGACUUCCAGCGUCGAAUUCUCAAAAGCAGCCCGGCAUGUCUUCCUCUGCCUCGACGCCGAACUCCCUGGAUUCCUUUCCCGAUCUACUAAGCCCUUCCUCGAUGAACCUCCCAACUAGAAAGCGAAGCUAUAGCAAGCAUCUCGAUGGGGUUUUACGAACUUCCGGUGACGGUCCUGCGAAAUCAAGACGAGCAUCGCCGAGUCCAUACGUGAACUCCUACGGAACAAAUCCAGCAACCCCGGCGGGGAUAAGUUCCGAGUACGCAGACCCCGCGUUUAGUGAUGGUUAUUUCAGCCUCGCUUUUGAUGAUGACUCCGAUGAUUUAGUAUUACAGCAACAAAAAGCCAUACAACAGGCGGCUGAAGAGAGGAAACGUGCUCAGCGGGACGACGAAGAAUUCGUUCGGCGGCUACUAUCACAAGAGAGCCAUCCAUCCCAGAGACCACAGGCGUCAAACACUGGAUCCUCAUACAAUCAAGGUCAAUCGUCAUUACCGAACUCAGGACCGAAUGCUUUCCAACGAAUGUCGGGAGUUCGACCUUCUCAACCACACUCCAACGCCCAUGUUAUGUCGAGCGGUCCUCCAGCUGGCUCUUUCAAACGAACGCUUCCUCCUACUUUCAAUAGCAGGCCUAUCCCAAAUCAAAACAAUAUCAAGCGCGAAGCAGCCCCCCAAACUGGCUUCAGAUCGAAUACUGCUGUUUCAAGUACUAGUCAAGCGCGCAGUGAGGUCAGCUUGUUGGAUGAUAGUGAUUCGGACGUAGAGAUUAUUGCACCGACUGAUUUUCGUAGUAAUGGCCGCCAUCAACCAACUUCCCGUGCACGAAACCUUGGUUACCAAGCUGGUGGGCUAGGGCCAUCUCCCAACAUGAAAACAGAGUCAUCUGCUCUUUCACACGCGUUAUGGGGCGGACAGUCAAAGCAGCCCCCAUGGAUGGACUCCUCCCAGGGGCCUCAAGCCGCGGGACAGUACGUAUACCCUGGAUCUUAUUUCGAUCACAUGCCUGAUGUAUUUGGUGCCUAUGUCCCCGAUCCUACCUUGACGUUUCAAUCUCCUCGUGGGAACGGGGUCGCCCAUACUGGACUUAAAAAUGAAAACACAAGACCUGGACUAAAUCAUUUCCCCUUUAGUACGGCUAGUUCCUUCGGCCAUUCGCUUAGUUAUCCAUAUUCGGACUUCAAUGCUCUAUCUGCUGGUUCAAAUGGGAAUAGCCCUUUCACAGAUAUCAACAAGAUGGCCAAUUUCCCCGGAUACGGGGGUUUGGGCGAUCCAUCGGCCUAUACCGGCCACAUGGCUGAGCAGUAUGAUUACAUCAUGAACGAUCCUCGGAAGACUAAUGAUGAGAUCAAAUCUUUGUUAGAAAACAUUCAGCCAGACGUAGAUUUGGCAAAAGAGAAUAGAGAAGGAACUCCAGACGGCCUUAAGUACCCCCUUUACGAGCAUCAAAAAGUUGCGCUUACGUGGCUCAAGCAAAUGGAGGAUGGAACCAAUAAGGGCGGUAUCUUGGCUGACGAUAUGGGUUUGGGAAAGACUAUCAGCUCUCUAGCCCUUAUUCUUACUCGGUCUUCUGUAGAUGCUCGCAAAAAGACCACGUUAAUCGUUGGACCUGUUGCUUUGGUACGACAAUGGGAGCGUGAGAUCCGCAGCAAGGUUAAGGCAAGUCACAAGCUUAGUACUCUGAUGGUACACGGCGGGAACAAAAAGCAUGACUGGAGUACUAUACGUAAUUUCGAUGUCGUCCUUACCACUUACGGAACCCUUGGCGCAGAGUAUAAGCGCAUGAUAAAAUGGCAGUCGGAACAAGCCACUCGAUACGGGCGAAAUUAUGACGAAGCUCCUAUGCAGAAGCUUUUCCCCCUUCUUGGCCCCAGGAGUAUCUUUCAUCGUGUUAUUCUCGACGAGGCGCAAUGCAUAAAAAACAAAAAUACGCAGUCCGCUAGAGCUUGUUGUCAAAUAAAUGGCACUUACAGACUAUGUCUCACAGGCACACCAAUGAUGAACAAUGUUGGGGAGCUCUACUCGUUAAUACAUUUCCUUAGAAUCGGGCCUUACAACGUUUUUAAUACCUUCCAAACCGAAUUCAAAUGCCUCAGCAGAGGGGAUGCAACUAACAGCGAAGCUCAAAGAGCCAUGAAAAAGCUCCAAGCUGUGCUGAAAGCUAUUCUCCUUCGGCGUACUAAGCAAUCCAAGAUCGACGGACAGCCGAUCAUUUCACUUCCACCAAAAACCGAGGAGAUUCAGCAUGUAGUUUUCAACGAGGACGAACAAGCAUUUUACAGCGCUCUUGAAACCAAGACACAAAUCCAGUUCAACAAGUAUAUGAAGGCGAAUACAAUCGGAAAGAACUAUUCCAACAUUUUAGUCUUACUUCUACGUCUUAGACAAUGUUGUUGCCAUCCCCACCUCAUAACGGAUUACGAAGAAGCACCUGCUGGGGCAGACAUUUCCAACGAGACUAUGGUAGAGCUUGCAAAAAGCCUGGAUCCCGCAGUCGUGCGCCGUUUGCUCGCCGUUGAAGAUGCUGCGUUUGAGGCAACUGCUCAGGCAGGAGUCAUGAACGGCGAUGAAGGCGGUGGUGGAUGUAAAUGUCCUACAUGUCGAGGUAAAGUGGACAUGAACAAAAUUAUCGACUACAACACCUUCAAGAAAGUCCACCUACCUAGCGAAGCUACAGAUAAUGAUGCGAACGGUCUUUUUGACAGCGAUGGGGAAAGUGAUUCUGACACCGACUCCGAAACCGAGUCCGACAUCGAAUCGGAAUCUGAGGAUGACGCUAAUAGCGAUGGUGAUCUUCGGGACUUCAUUGUCCCAGAUGGUAUAGACGAGGCUGAGGAUAGUAAGGCGAGUUCUGGCUUAGAUGACUUGCCCGGGGUGGACAAUAUUGCAUCAAAGCCAUCUAAGAAGAAAUCCAAAGGCAAAGCAAAGCAUGGAAAGAAACACAGAAAGGGCAAAGGCAAGGAGAAAAAGGAGGAGAAAGGCCCCAAGGGAGUCGGAAUAGCUUAUCUAAAGAAGCUGUCCAAGACCAAAGCAGGGCGGAAAAAGUAUAUGAGAUUUCUUCGCAAGCGAUGGGAACCGUCGGCGAAAACGACCAAAUGCGUGGAGCUACUGGAUCAAUUUCAGAGAGAAGGUAGAAAGACGAUUAUCUUCAGUCAAUUCGUCUCACUACUCGACCUUCUCCAAGUUCCCCUUGAGGAAAAUGGCUGGAAAUUCGAAAGAUAUGACGGGGCUAUGAGUGGAGAAGAACGCAAUGAUGCUAUCAACAGGUUUACGGACAAGCCUGAUUGCAAAAUCAUGCUUAUCUCAUUAAAAGCGGGUAAUGCCGGUCUUAAUUUGGUUGCGGCGUCCAGGGUUAUCAUUCUCGACCCAUUCUGGAACCCCUUCAUCGAAAUGCAAGCCGUUGAUCGCGCAUACCGUAUUGGUCAACAAAACGCUGUCGAGGUUCAUCGCAUCCUGAUUCAGUCCACUGUUGAAGACCGGAUUGUUGAACUUCAAGAGAAGAAACGAACGCUUGUCAACGCUGCUCUUGAUGAGGCCGCUAACAAACAACUUGGCCGACUCGGGGCACGUGAAUUAGCAUUCCUCUUUGGUGUCGGUGGUCGUUGA